GGCGGUUGACGAAGGAACGCGGCGUGUGUCAUGGUUCUCCAUCAAACUACCGAGCACGUGUACCCCUACUCGUGGGAUGUUGUGUCCCGCGCGUUCUGGAACAAGUACCCGAACGCCAAGCUCGCCCACGUCGAACGCGUGGAUGUCUUGUCGCGAUACAUGGACGCGGAAGGUCGGCUGCAUACGGCGCGCUUGGCCAAGUGCACCCAGAACAACAUGCCUUCAUGGGCCGUCAGCAUGUUGGGCAAGUACUCGUACGUGUACGAAGAAACGAUCUGCGACCCUGUCGCCAAGACGCUCCACCUCAAGUCGACCAAUUUGUCGUACCGGUCUGUGGCGACGGUGCACGAGUCGUGUGUGUACCGACCACACCCUGCUAGUGAAUCCGGCGGGAUGACGCAUACCAUGUACACCCAGGACGCGGAAGUGAGCGCGUUUGUACCGUUUGUGUCGCAGAAACUCGAAUCGUUCUCUGUUAGCCGCGGAGCCGAGACCGCCGCCCGUGGUCUCAGUGCCAUGGAAGCGCUAUGCAAGGAAAUCUUUCAAGGACAGACUGCGUUCUGCGAACCCGCGCCAGAGGCCAAGCCGGCGAACUAAACGGAUGUGCUGCGUCGAGUACUCUGCCCUCCUCAUGGCCAGGAUAUUUAUAAUAUAGACUCCAACGAUGCAUCCA